CUUUACUGACUAUGCCGUGAUUAAUUUAAUGCACUUUAGCACGCGAGAGGCCUGAGGCAACGUGUACUUAGCUUCGGAAGUUCAACUGUUGUGACAGAUACUUAAAAUAGAACAAGUUGCAUAUUUCCCCAGUGAUAUUUCUUGCGAUGACAAUGAGCUUGUAUCCAUUGCACGCUUUCUCCCGGCUGUCGAUUACCGCGAGGCCGGGUCCCUUCAUGUCACGCAGUCAAGCCUAGUAACUAAGCAAGGGCCAUAUUUAAGUUUCUGUUGAUUAUAGCCUUACUGAGUCAAACAAGUACUAAAAAAUUGUCACCAUGGGCGCAAUCAUCAAUAGCGCCAACGUCAAGGCGCUCCUGUACGGUCUAAUGAAUGUGGUGUCUGCUUCAGGCAUUGUCUUCGCCAACAAGGCCGUUUUCAAAACGUACGACUUUCACUUCACGUACGCGCUCACCUGGAUCCACACGCUCUUCACGCUGCUGGGCAUGCGACUGUUUGCGGCGGGCGGCAUGUUCGCAGUUAAGUCCAUUCCGCAGCGCCGGCUGGCGCCCCUGGCGGCUGCCUACGUGGCGUACAUCGUGCUGUGCAACCUGAGCCUCAAAGUCAACACAGUGGGGUUCUACCAGGUCAUGAAGAUCGCGGUGGCCCCCACCGUCAUCGCGCUGGAGCUGCUGCUGUUCCGCCGCAUCCCGCCCGCCCGCAUCGUGGCCAGCGUGCUGGUGGUGUGCGGCGGCAUCGGGGUGGCGACGGCGGCAGACAGCCAGGUGGCGACCAACCUGCUGGGGAUCGGGGUGGGGCUGGGGGCGACGGUGAUGACGGCGCUGUACCAGAUCUGGGCGGGCAGCAAGCAGAAGGAGCUGCGGGCGAGCAGCAUGCAGCUGCUGCAUGCGUACACGCCGCAGGCCACUCUCAUGCUCGGCCUGCUCAUCCCCCUCUGCGAGCCCAUGGGCUGGUCCCCCGUCUCCGCACCGCCCAGCGCCGCGGGCGUCCCCGCACCCGCCCCACAACGCCCGCUGGGCACCCUGCUGGCCUACCACUACACACCCGCGGCGGUUGCGGCCAUCUUGCUUUCCGCGGUGCUGGGCCUGUUGGUCAGCCUGUCCACCUUCCUGGUUAUCGGCGCCACCUCCAGCCUGACGUAUAACGUGGUGGGGCACCUGAAGACGGUGAUUAUCUUAACCGGCGGGUGUUUGUUCUUCGGGGAUACCAUGCCGCUGAAGAAGUUUAUUGGCGUGUGUAUAGCCAUGGCGGGGAUUGUUUGGUACACUCAGCAGAAGCUGGUGUCGGCGAGUGGGGGUAGCGGCGGCGGGGGUGCUGGUGGUACGGCAGCGGCGGCGGCGGGAGCGGGGAGUACGGCAGGUGGUGGUAAUUCGCCGCCGUUGCUGCCGCUGUCGUCGGCGCCGCCGAUCUCCGUCAAGUCGGCGUUCACGGCGACGGUGGCGAGGAGCCGUACGGCAGCGGUGGCGGCAGCCGCCGCCGCUGCAUCUGCGGGCGCGAGUGGGGG